UCCGGCGGCCUCGGACGUGGGGGGGGGGCUUUCCGGCGGCGGCAGCGCGGCGAGGCGAGGCGAGGCGGCAGCGGCGGCGGCGAUGCUGCUGACGGUGUUCUGCCUGCGGCGGGACCGCUCCGAGCUGACCUUCUCGCUGCAGGUGGACGCCGACUUCGAGCUGCAGAACUUCCGCGCCCUCUGCGCGCUCGAGUCCGGCGUCCCCGCCACCGAGAGCCAGAUCAUCUUCGCCGAGCAGCCACUCACCGACAACCACCGGUCGUUGGCGUCUUAUGGCCUGAAGGACGGAGACGUGGUGAUCCUGCAACAAGUGGAGAAUGGGCAGGCACAGUCCUCAGCCCCCUUUCCUGGGAUGCCCAGGAUAGACUUCAGCAGCAUCGCCGUGCCGGGGACAUCCGCCCAGUUCCCCCAGUCCCUACAGCUUCCUCCCCCAGCCCCAACCCCAACCCCACCUGCUCCCUCACAGGCCCCAGCCCCGACCUCGGGCCCUCCUGAACCGCCCUCCAUCCCGCAAGGCCUGGAUAACCCUGCCCUUUUGCGAGCCAUGCUGCUGGCCAACCCCCACGAGCUCUCCCUGCUAAAGGAACGCAACCCCCCUCUGGCCGAGGCGCUGCUCAGCGGAGACCUGGAAAAAUUCACUCAAGUGCUGGUGGAGCAGCAGCAGGACCGAGCGCGGCGGGAGCAGGAGAGGAUCCGUCUCUUCUCCGCUGACCCUUUCGACCUGGAAGCUCAGGCCAAGAUCGAGGAGGACAUCAGGCAGCAGAACAUCGAGGAGAACAUGACCAUCGCGAUGGAAGAGGCUCCUGAGAGCUUUGGCCAGGUGGUGAUGCUGUAUAUCAACUGCAAAGUCAACGGCCAUCCCGUGAAGGCCUUCGUGGACUCAGGUGCCCAGAUGACCAUCAUGAGCCAGGCGUGCGCUGAGCGGUGCAACAUCAUGCGACUGGUGGACCGGCGCUGGGCUGGCAUCGCCCGGGGCGUGGGCACCCAGCGGAUCAUUGGCAGGGUGCACCUGGCUCAGGUGCAGAUCGAGGGGGAUUUCCUCCCGUGCUCCUUCUCCAUCCUGGAGGAGCAGCCCAUGGACAUGCUGCUGGGCCUGGACAUGCUGAAGAGGCACCAGUGUUCCAUCGAUUUAAAGAACAACAUGCUGGUGAUUGGCACCACCGGCUCUCAGACGAGCUUCCUGCCUGAGGGGGAGCUACCCGAAUGUGCCAAGCUGGCUUAUGGGCCGGGCCGGGACGACAUGCGGCCGGAAGAGCUGGCCGAUCAAGAGUUGGCCGAAGCCCUUCAGAAAUCUGCUGAGGAAGCAGAAUGCCAGAAGCCUAGAUGCAUGUAAUGUUUUGCUGCCGCUGGAGGGGGCCACACACCAGAGACUAGCGAUACAGAAACUACCUCACUUGGACCUCCGUCGCAACCAACUUCAGACGGCUUUAAACCUCCAGUUUGUUUUCCAGAACUUGGUCUGAAGAUUACUGACAGCCCCGCAAGCCGAUUGCUGCUCGAUCGCUCGGCCUCGGCUCCAGCCGUCUGCUCCCCCCUCGGCGGCCAAGCGGAGCCUGAAAGUCCCAGAGCUGGGAAAUCGCUGGAUUCUCUGCUGGAGUCCCGGGAAGGGUUGGGGAGCAAGAAGUCCCUGGCCUCCCCACUGAAUCUGGCUGGCACCGGAGCCCAUUCCCUCCUGGGGGGCUCGGCGACCCCCCAAAAUGUACAUGCUGCUUCCAGCUGCCUAUCAGAGAAGGCUACUCCUGGCCGCGAGCCUCCGGAGACGGGCCGAGAGGGCAGUCCGUCCCUAGAGAUGAGCGAGCCUGACGCUCCCCUGCUGCUAGAGGCCCCCGAGCUUCCUUCAGGUGAAUGGAGAGAGCCUCAGCAUCUGGGGGGCGUUUCCUCGCCACUGGCUGCUGCUACAGAGGAAGGAGAGAUGUCCCAAGAGGCCGAAGAGAGGCCAGAGGGCAGUCCAGCCGAGCCGCCAGGAGACGACCUCUCGCUUGAACGUCUCCCUGCCCCAGAGGUUCCGGACCCACACUUCCUCGAGUCAGCCGACAUGAGUGACCCGGCCUCUGGGAUAGAGCCGGGGUUGCACGAAUGCCACGGCCUUCCUCUGCCCCUCGGUCUUCUCCCCCCAGCGAGCGGCUCAACCCAGCCCGGAAACAUGGCCAUUAGCUGGCCCAAGGAUCAAGAGGAAGAGGCGGGCAUCUCCCUUGCCUCGGCUCUGAAGGAGCUCCACCAGCUCCUGGUUGUAAGUUCAAAACACGACUUCCGGAGAGGGGUGGCUCGGCAGGAAGAGAGCUGCCCCUCGCUUGAGGUUCCUCCCGAAGAGCCGGCUGUAGCCGAGGAGGAUUCACCUUCCUGUGAGCAAGCGGCUCUCUCCCGCUUGGAGGCCGGGACAGAGAUGCUGGAAGAGCCCCACUUAGCUGGGGGGCAGCAAGAGGCUGCCCAAGCGGCCUCUGGCUGUGGCGACUCUGUCCCGGCGAGCCCUUUGGUGGCGUGGCCUCUGCCGCAGGCCAAGGAGUGCCUGAGGAUACCGGCCCAGCUCGUAUCCUCUGGGCCGCAUCCUGGCUCCACUACUGUGGAGCAGAGCCCUCUUGCCUCGUUCGGUCCUCAGGAGUCCUGCACCGCCCGGGGCAGUUGCAACCCUUCCCCAGAAGAAGCGGGAGACUCCUCCGGCGAGCAUCCUGAGCCCUCGUCCUUCCCCCCUGGAGAUUCGGAGCCCAGCUCUCCUCCUCCUGCCCUCGCCGCAAACCUCGAUCAGAUUGUGGGGGCUGGCUUUACACCGCAAGAAGCCGGAGAGGCUCUGGAGCACGCGGGGGGGAAUGCCGAUCUGGCCCUGCUCAUCUUGUUAGCCAGGAACAUCGUGGUGCCCACGUAGCCAAGGCUGCCUUUCUAAACGAGCGCCCCCCCCCCCCCCCCGUGACUACGUUUGAUACCUUUUUUUUUUAAAGGAAAGAAAAGGGAAUUAAAAUAUCCAUUAUUUUCAACCAGGUUUCAUCUCUCCUAUUUCCCUGGUUGAAUUUUGGGCCAUUGAAAAGAAACAAGAUUGGCAUUGUACGAAAUCCGCCAUUUUGUUACUAACUAUCGUUCUGGCCUAGGUCCACGGAAUUAAAACUUUAUUGAAAUAUAUGGUUUUACAACGAGAUGCAAAUUGGGGGCUUAGAAGGCACAGGCCCAGGUCCGAAGGCGGCGCUUAACCUUGGUGCCAGAGUGUUCAGGGUGGUGCGGUGUGUGUGGCACCCCCCUUCUCACCCCCCCUCCCUCCCUGGGGGACACUGCAUGCCAGCCGUGUGACUGGCCUCCCAAUUCUGCUUCGCUUGCAGCCGUGGGUGAAAUUUGAGAGUGCCCCAAAGGGGCAGCGCUUUGGGGGGUACCGUGGAGUCAAGCUCUUGCCCCUCAGGUCUUGAGGCUGGUCCCAAGAGGCCUCAGCGGGCUUCUGGCCCUUCUCGGUGCAGGCUGAAACGCAGCUUUGCGUGCGGUGGUUGGGUGGGUGUGACGGUGCUGGGCUUGGUAAGGAGACAGCAGAGCUAGGCAAGAGAGACGGUUGACGGAGGAGCUGUGGCGCUUUCCAGUUUUUCCCUGGGGGAGGUUAGGGCCGGGGGUGGGGGGCUGCUUGCUGUGAGCCUCCCUAAACGAACGGUAUUAAGCAUUGGAGGUUUGUAACGAAAGGCAGGGAAUUUGUGAGCUGCCGAUCACAUUUAUAACGGGGAGAGGCCAGGAGCCGCCCUUCCAUUGCGAGAGAUUCAUUGGUCGCCGAUUCCCCAGCCCAGGACUGGCCAAGGUGGAAGGUGGGCUUCCUCUGUGUUUCUGAAGCCUUGGAUUUUCCUCGGCAGCUUGAGAGAUGGGGUGGGAAUCUGUCCUGUCCCCAUAAUACUUCAGAGCGGCGGGAGAGUUUUGAAAUGUGGGUCUGGGUGACGGCGCACAGGGGGUGUUUGCUUUUGAUUGGACAAAUGCUGUGGCUCUUGGCUAGGGUUGCUGAUCUCCGACAGCGAGGGAGGAGUAGUGGGGAAGAGACCCAGGCCCUUUAUGUUGGGAAGGUGGGAGGGGCUCUGCAUGGCAGGAGUUCCCCUUGCCAGGUGCCCCUGAAGGUGCUCCGUGGACUUGGGUGCUGCAACCCAGCACCAACGGCACAGGAGAAUCCUGACAGUCAGCCAAGGUGGUGAUGCUUUCAAAACGCACCUUUAAGGGUGAGUUUCGAGGGCCGCACUUCCUGGCAGAGAGAGAGAGAGCGGCUGGAGGGCAGAGUUGUGAACAUCUGCAAAAGCACUUGCCCGUCGUAGAGGGGGUUUGCGUAUAAUUUGCAGAGGAGCAGUUUGGAUCUCGCUCCCUGUUCGUACGCCGAGGGAAGGCCCAGAUCACCGGUGGCCACGCCUCGAGGCGGGCGUCCUUGGCACUCUGCACACGCAACGGCGGGCCGGGGGCCUCUCAGGAAUCUGCCCACGAUGUUGCAGGACUGCCCUUCUUCGCCCUUCCUUGCCUCUGCCCGCUUAGCUGCUGCCGGGGUAGCAUCGGAAGGCAGUUGGGCUCUUGCCGAUGAUCGGGUGACAUCUUUAUAGCUCGCAUCUUCCUUUUUACCAAAAAAAUAAUAAUAAGGACGUAUUUGGCAGGUGUGGGGUGGGGCGGUUGCUUCUCAACUGGGAGAAACAUGUAAACGUUUUGGAUUUUAAAAAUAAAAGAUGCGUUUUCUCAUA